AUGCACCGACAUCAACCUAUUGAACUUCGAAAGGUGGUUGGUGGGAUCCGUGCUGCCAUCACAAGGCGUGAUGGCAAGCAUCUUAAGGCCUCAUGUCCAAAGAUUGAUUUAUUGUUUGACAUACUUUAUUGUCAAUGUUUGAUUGCUACAACAAUAGUAUCGCUUACAGUUAAUAUUAUUACCCAAAGACUUAAUAUUAAUGUUGCACUGGCUAGUUCAUCUUCUGCUGCCUCAAUAUCUACUAAUAUUAAUUCUAUUCCUAUGCUUAAUGGGACCAAUUUCAAGGAUUGGAAAAGGAACUUACUUAUAGUUCUAAGAUGUAUGGAUUUAGACUACGCAUUAAGGGAUGAACAACCUGCAUCUCUCACUAAGGAAAGCACCCGUGAUGAGAAAGCGGAUUUUGCGAGGUGGGAUUGUUCAAAUCGCAUGAGUUUAAUGACUAUGAAACACAGCAUCCCAGAAGCCUUUUGGGGCAUAGAAUCCGAAGGGAUUACUAAGGCCAAGAAUUUGCUUGAACAAAUUGAGGAACGUUUUGCCACAAAUGAUAAGGUUGAAAUGACAACACUUCUAGGUUCUUUGAUGACCCUGAAGUAUAAGGGUCAAGGAAAUAUAAGAGAGUACAUUAUAGAAAUGCAUCAUAUUGUCUCAAGGCUUAAGACACUUAAGAUCGAGCUUUCUAAUGAUGUGCUUGUGCUUAUGGUUUUGUUAAUGCUUCCUGCAUAG